AUGGGUCGGUUACCAUCGCAUAUAUUCGUCGUAAGACACGGCAACCGACUCGAUACCGCCAACAAGCAAUGGCACCUCACCUCACCGACUCCCUACGAUCCUCCCCUGACAUACGGCGGCUUUCUACAGGCACGCCAGGUCGGUAACCAGAUUGCCAGCAUUCUGGAGCAGGCAAAGGUCGAGGCCGAGGUCACCAACAACGGCGCCUCCUUGACUGGGAAGCGCCGACGCUUCAGAGUCGUCAUCCACAGCUCUCCCUUUCUGCGGUGCGUCCAGACGUCCGUGGGCAUCAGCUCCGGCCUCGCCCAGACAGCCUCCGAAUCCAUAUAUCAGCCGUCCGAUGUCAUCGUCCCGCGCAAGGCCCCGAUUGGGCAGCAGAGCCCGCACAAGUCCGCCCUGUUGCGGCUCGACACGUUUCUUGGGGAGUGGCUGUCGCCGGAGUACUUUGAGAUGAUCACGCCUCCUCCGGGUCCGGCCCUGAUGAUGGGCGGCGCAAAGGCUGAUUUGUUGCGACGCGAAGAUUACAGCAUCUACGCAGGCGUGCCCGUGCCCAGUACCACUCAGCCGGCGUCGAAUGGCGCCCUCUGGAGUUCGCCGGUGGCGGCGUCUCCCUCGCAACAGCCCGCAUCUGGAUUAGGCCAGGGUAGUGUUUUCAGCUCCUCCGCCAUGGCUGCAGCUCUGUCAUCGGCCUCCCAGGAGCAGAAGAAAGGCUAUCAGCCUCCGCGGCCAUUGCAUGCCAUCUCGAGCAACGGCAAGAUACCCGAUGGAUUUGUCGCCCAUGCUAGGGACUCGUGUGUCGUCAUUGACUAUCAGUGGGACUCGAUGAGGGCGCCGCUGGACUUUGGCGAUGGCGGAAAGCUGCCCGAGGAGUGGAAGUCGAUGCACCAGCGCUUCCGCUCAGGGCUGAAGCGAAUGGUCAACUGGUAUGCGACUACGGACUCGCCCGACGAGCUGCUGUGCGCGCCUGUCAGCACCGAAAACGACCACAGCUGCAGCGACAGCGGCUAUGGCGAAGAGGAGGAGGAAGAGGUCGAGACUGUUGUCAUCAUUGUGUCCCACGGUGCCGGCUGCAACGCCUUGAUCGGGGCCAUCACUCACAAGCCCGUUCUCAUGGACGUCGGAAUCGCCUCCAUUACCGCAGCUGUCAGAAGACCGGAUGCCGAUUAUGCCAAAGCACUUGCCGUCUCCUCAGGGCACCAAGGCAGUGGUUCCGUAACUCCCCAAGCUGCGGUUGAUGACUUGUACGAGAUUCGCCUCUCUGCAAGCACAGAGCACUUGCGCUCCAACUCUGGCGCAUCCGUCACCGCAAGGCCCGCAUCUCCCAGGAACACCUGGAGCUCUUCUGGUCGUGGCCGCAACUCAACAUUGCCCACCUCGCCUACUGUGGAUGGACCCGUGCAAAACCCCCUUUCGUUCCUGGAGCCGCUCUCGACGGCGAGCACUCGAAGCACGUCCGCAAACCCGUCAGUUGGCCCCUUUUCUCGACGAGAUUCAGGCUCCAGUCGGCGAUCACCCAGGGCGGCACCGCCUGUGAGCGCGGGCUAUGAGAUUGAGGCCAACAGCUACACCACCGGGCGGACGCGGGCUCCAUCCUCAGGGUCAGGGCUGUGGGCACCCGCGCGCUCUUCAUUGCGUCUGAUUGACGAUGUCGACGAGGAGGCAGUGGACGACUACGACAGCAUACUCCCCAAUUUCGACAAAUUCAGGCCCAUCUCUGACGAAAACAUCAAGCCAUCGCAGGAGGCCAAACCGUUGGAGCCGUUUCCGACUUUGGCUCCCGCCAUCCAGCUUCCGACUUCUCCCAAGGGACCGGUUUUCUCUGCUCCUAUCAAACUCAACACGGAUGUUUCGUUUGAAGACGCCGGGGAUGAGAUGCCCCUGUCAGGACUGGGCGGACUCUGGACCUUGGCCAUGCCGCCUAGCGAAGCGGAUAGGCUUAGGGACUUGAGCCAGGCAAAGAGGAGGUGGACUGUGAAUGAGAGGGCUUGGUGA